AUGACGACCUCAACGGAGGGCCUUGAGCUAGCUCAGUUAGCAUUCUACGCUAUUGCUUCUCUUCCCGCCCUUUACUGCUUAAUUACACACGGAAAGAAUGGCAUAAUUGGAUGGCUAUAUGUCUUUGCAAUGUGUGGCCUACGUCUAGUAGGAAAUGGGAUGGCAUACCACGCACUUUCCACAACUGGCGAGCCCAGUACAUCCGCUUCGAUUAUCAACGGGAUUGGUCUUUCGCCACUACUACUGGCAGCGCUUGGAAUUCUUCAUGAAGCCAAUCACUCGAUUCAGUCGGCACUUCCUGCGUUUCUUGGUCGGUUUGGCCUGCUGAUUCCCCAUAUGGUCAUUGCUGGAGGAAUCGGUCUUGCUGCUGCCAGCGGCAAAAAUCCUCAUCUCUUGGAAGUAGGACUCAUUAUCUUCGCCACUGGCUGGCUCAUCGUUCUCGGGCUGGUGACACUCUCGGCCCGAGCAAAUGCCCGACACCGCCGUCUCGGCCCCGAGAAGAACCUCCUCUUGGCUAUCGAGAUUGCUAUGCCUCUUAUUGGAGUACGCGUACUUUACGCGAUCGUGAUCGCUUUCAAAUAUCAAAAUUCGUCUAGUGGAGGCCUAGCAGCGAAGGUUAUCUUAGGCACUGUUCCAGAAUUUCUGACCAUGAUCAGCUAUCUGUCAGCUGGUCUGGUUACUCGAAAUUUGGCUCGCGACUGUUUAGAGAAGGGGCCGCAGCCAGCUUACAAUACUUCAGUAUAA